AGAAGUGACCUAAUGGCGACAACAAAGAGCCUAGGUGAUGACGUAAGCAGAGGUUCAGUUGGAGGGUUUGUCAACAUUCUUCAUAGGUGUGAGGAGUGCAGCAAGCAGUUCAGCACACGGAGUGGUCUGACAAGACACAUGCAGACUCACACAGGGGAGAAACCCUACAAAUGUGAGGAGUGCAGCAAACAUUUUAGUACAACGAGUACUCUGAAGGUUCACAUGCGGAUGCACACAGGUGAGAAACCCUACAAGUGUGAGGAGUGCAACAGACAAUUCAGUCAGCUGGGUAAUCUGAAGAAUCACAUGCGGACUCACACGGGGGAGAAACCCUACAGGUGUGAGGAGUGCAAAAGGCAGUUCAAUGAGCUGGGUGUUCUAAAUAAACAUAUUCGGACUCACACAGGGGAGAAGCCCUACAGGUGUGAGGAGUGCAGCACGCAGUUCACUCAGUUGGAUGUUUUAAAGAAACAUAUGCGGACUCACACAGGGGAGAAGCCCUACAGGUGUGAGGAGUGCAGCAGGCAGUUCAGUAGGCUGGAUAUUCUGAAGAAACACAUGAAGACUCAUACAGGGGAGAAACCCUACAAGUGUGAGGAGUGCAGUAAGCAGUUCAGUCAGCCGAGUGCUCUAAAGACCCACAUGCGGACUCACACAGGUGAGAAACACUACAAGUGUGAGAGGUGCAGCAGAGAGUUCAGUGAGAUGGGUAAUCUAAAGAAACACAUGCGAAUCCACACUGGGGAGAAACCUUACACGUGUGAGGAGUGCAGCAAGCAGUUCAGUAGACUGGAUGUCCUGAAGAAGCACAUGAAGACACAUUUGACACAUUAUAGAAGUGACCAGAUGGCAACAACAAAGAGCCAACGUGAUAAUGCAAGCAGAGGUUCGGUUGGAGGGUUUGUCAACACUCUUCAUAGGUGUGAGAAGUGCGUCAAGCAGUUCAGUACACCAAGCGAGCUGAAGAAACACAUGCGGACUCACACUGGGGAGAAACCCUACAAGUGUGAGGAGUGCAGCAGGCAGUUUAGCGUGCUGGGUAAUCUGAAGAAACACAUACGGACUCACACAGGGGAGAAACCCUACAGGUGUGAGGAGUGCAGCAGACAGUUCAGUCAGCUGGGUAGUUUGAACAGGCACAUGCGGACUCACACAGGGGAGCAACCCUACAAGUGUGAGGAGUGCAGCAGGCAGUUUAGCGUGCUGGGUAAUCUGAAAAAACACAUGCGGAGUCACACAGGGGAGAAACCCUACAAGUGUGAGGAGUGCAGCAAGCAGUUCAGUGAGCUGGAUAGUUUGAAGAAACACAUGCGGACUCACACAGGGGAGAAACCCUACAGGUGUGAAGAAUGCAGUAGGCAGUUCAGUCAGCUGAGUGAUCUGAAGACUCACAUGCGUACUCACACAGGGGAGAAACCUUACAGGUGUGAGGACUGCCGCAAGAAGUUCAAUACACCCGGAAGUCUGAAGAGACAUAUGCGGACUCACACAGGGGAGAAACCCUACAAGUGUGAGGAGUGCAGCAAGCAGUUCAGUACAUCAGGUAAUCUGAAGACUCACAUGCGAACUCACACUGGGGAGAAACCCUACAGGUGUGAAGAGUGCAGGAGGCGGUUCAGUCAGCUAGGUGAUUUAGAGAGACACAUGCGGACGCAUACAGGUGAAAAAUCAUACAAAUGUGAGGAGUGUAGCAGGCAGUUUUGUCGGCUGGGUAAUCUGAAGAGUCAUAUGCAGACUCACACAGGGGAGAAACCCUACAGGUGUGAGGAGUGCAGCAGACAGUUCAGUCGGCUCAGUCAUCUAAGCACACAUAUGCUAACUCACACAGGAGAGAAACCCUACACGUGUGAGGAGUGCAGAAGGCAGUUCAGUCGGCUGGAUCAACUAAAGAAACACAUGCAAACUCACACAGGUGAGAAACCCUACAUGUGUGAGGAGUGCAGCAGGCAGUUCAGUCGGCUGGAUCAUCUAAAGAAACACAUUCAGACUCACACAGGUGAGAAACCCUACAUGUGUGAGGAGUGCAGCAGGCAGUUCAGUCGGCUUGAUAGUCUGAAGAAACACAUGAAAACACACCUGUGACAAAUGUCUUAGAAGGACUGACGUGAAAAAAGACACUAGCAUCAUACGUACGCCACAAACGAUUUGUUAAGUUCCUUUUCCUUGCUACAGUGUUUCAUGCAACGGUUGUGUUGAUUUCAGACUGUAAUGCAUAGCUGAUAUUUACUGUUAAAUUGUAUAGUACACUCAGCCCGUUGAGGCUCGUUCGAUUAGUUUCUAAGUAUAUGGUAUAAGUUUUAAUGCAAACUUUGUUUGGUUAGUUUUCUAGCUUUCUAUGUUAUUAGUUAAAAUGUCACAGUAUGAUGACGAUGCUUGUUUUCUCCUGAAGUCCUUUACGGUAGCUGUAGAGAUGAUGGGCACUGGGUUAUGUUCAUUUAGGUCCCUUCUGUUACAUAAAUACGGAUGCAAUUGUAGCAUUUCAGCACUCUCUGUAGGCUAGUGUAGCAUUCUGAUAUUGUAGUUGUAGGGUUACAAACUGAUGGUGUUUAUACAGGUAGGGAUGUUUGUACGUCUCGGUUCUUAUCAAAUUUCCAUUUAUAACACUUUUAUGUAUUUUUCAUAUGAUAGCUGCUUUGUUGUGAGUAGUUUUCUAUGUUAAUGUUUUAGAGAUUAGUAGACUGUAAAUUGAGUCAAUACAGUAGCUGUAGAGAUGUGUUCACUUAUAGCCCCUUUAGCUCUUCUACAUUUGUUUGUUAUUUAUUCUAUUACAGUUCAGGUUCAUUGUAGCAUUUAUAAUUAGCAUUCUGUUAUUGUAGCUGUAGAUAUAGUAGGCAUAGGUCACAAACUUAUCUUGAUGUUUGUAUGGGUAAGGUAUUAGUAGAUCUCUUGUAUGUGUCCGUUUAAGUAGCUCAAAGAAUGCGAAAUAAAGUUUGUUUUUUU